CCCCUCAGGUCAAGGGGUUGUCUACACUAGAGAUGCUCUUCUACUUAAGUUGACACAUAAAAAAGUUGGAUUCACAUGAGCCAAUCGAGUAGAUAUCUUGUAUUAUAUUAUGAUAUCCAUGCAUGCAUACACGAUACAUACAUGAGUAUGCAUGUCGGUAUUCGUGUAUAUAUAAUAUCAUGUAAAUAAGGUUUACCGAGGGGGAGAGAGAGAGACUUGUAUCCUCCAAGUCAAGAUCAUAUAGGCCGGUUUGCAUUCCCAUCUAGUAUACAUAGAACUGCAGCUCAUCUUCCGCCUAGCUGAUAAUUAAGUUCGUAUUGCAAAUAUCAGUAUGUUGAUUUCUUGCUAAUAUCUGGUCCCAGCAUGGGGGAGAAAAAAAGAAGACCAAAGGUAGGAAUGAAUGAUUUUCAUCUCCUUCUAGCUUAUGUUGCUACCGGCCGGGUCCUAAUCCCUAGUAUUUUCUCCGAGUGUCCUUUAUCAUUUGUGAGCCUAAUUAAAGCCGCAGUACUCAUGUGUUAGCCUUGCAUCUUCUCGCUCCCUUACUAAGAGGAAUCGAGAAAGGAGAAGCAGCAACAAAGAUCGAUCGAUGGAGGAAAGUGCAGGUGGCUCUGAAUGUUCAAAGAUAAGCCUUUCCAACCGAAAUGAGGAUGGAAGUGACAGCGGGGAGAAUGAUGACGACUGUAAUCCUAGAAAAGGAGCAAGCUCAAGCCACAGCACGGUCGAAGAGAGCGAGAAGAAGCCAUCGGUGCGGCCUUAUGUUAGAUCGAAGAUGCCUAGGCUCCGAUGGACGCCUGAUCUUCAUCUUCGUUUUGUUCAUGCUGUUGAAAAACUUGGUGGACAAGAAAGAGCCACACCAAAGAUGGUUCUUCAGAUGAUGAACAUAAAAGGAUUAAGUAUUGCACAUGUCAAGAGCCAUUUACAGAUGCACAGAAGCAAGAAAGUGGAUGAUUCGAGCCAAGUAUUAGCGGAUCAUAGGCAUCUUGUGGAAAGUGGAGAUCGAAAUAUCUAUAACCUCAGCCAACUUCCCAUGCUUCAAGGAUACAACCCGAGCCACAAUUCCCAUUUCCGUCCAAGAUAUAGAUUUGGAGAUGCUUCUUGGGGUGAUCAUGAAAACUUAUUGGGUUUAACUGCGGGCUGCAGCUCAAUGAGCAAUUCCAGUACUGGAUUCUAUGGCAGUAGUACUGUGGGUGAAAGGAUCUUUGGUAGCAGCUAUAGCAAUUGGACUAAUUGCAGUUUCCCUUCGGGAACUGCUUCCAGUUUCAGCAAACAGUCAGGUUGUAAAAGAACCCAAGAAUUGAAAGAUGGAUUCCAAUCAUUACAUAAAAAUCAAUCCUGGUUGCAGACUCAAACCAGAUUGAAUCCUAGUGAUGAUCUUCACCCGGCCUUAACCCAUCUGCAUGCGGAAGUAAAAGAGCGUACAAGUUUUUGUAAUACCAAUGCUCCUUCAGAUUUCAGCAAGAUUAAUACAACCACUUUUCAAGAUCAGUGGAGUAAGCUGAAAAGCAAGGUCUCGGACUACGACCUCGACUUGGAUCUAUCACUUAGGCUGACAGCUUCGAGUGAUCAUGAGAACCAGAGAAGAAGUUCAGGGCAUCAUAAAGUUGAUAGCAAUCUCUCCCUUUCUUUGUACUCGCAAUCAUCGAGCUCAAAUUUGACCGGUUUGAAGGAAAGACGCGCCCAUGAUGAUAAAGAGCAAGAAAGAAGAGCAAGUACUCUGGAUCUGACUAUAUGAAUUAUGAUGAAAUUCUAAGUGAGAUCUUGAGGUACUUGUCCAAAAUUAAUAAUUAGUCUCCACCACUCAAUUUCCUUUUCAAUUCUUCUAUUUUCCCGGACAUUUGCUAAAUUUGGAUGUCAACAAAUUAAUGUCCCGUAUAAUAUUGAUUUUAACUUAA